AUGCAGUUGCCACCUGGAUUUGGCCGAAAGGAGAAUGUUGUGUGUAAAUUGCACAAGAGUCUAUAUGGAAACAGUUUAGAAGACAUCACAAGCACAAAGAAGUUCCUUUCCAGCAAGUUCAAAUUGAAAGACCUAGGAAACCUCAAAUACUUCCUAGGAAUCGAAGUUGCCAGAUCUCGGCAUGGUAUUGCUUUAUGUCAAAGGAAAUAUGCACUUGAGAUGCUUGAAGACACAGGUUUCUUAGCAUCUAAACCUUCUCGUUUUCCUGUUGAUCAUAACCUUACACUAAUGCAAUCAGAAGGAAGUUUGUUGGCAGAUCCUUCACAGUAUAGAAGGCUUGUUGGUCGCAUGAUUUAUUUGACAAUUACGAGACCUGAUUUGGCAUAUGCUGUGCAUGUUUUGAGCCAAUUUAUGGAUAAACCUCGACAGCCACAUUUGGAUGCAGCACACUUAGUUCUUCGAUAUCUGAAAGGAACUCUUGGUCAAGGCAUUUUGUUACCUUCUACUGGAAAACUCGAGUUAACAGGAUUUUGUGAUGCAGACUGGGCUCGAUGUAAAGACACAAGAAGAUCAGUCACAGGUUAUUGUGUGAUGCUUGGAAGAGCGCCAAUUUCAUGGAGAGCAAAGAAACAGACUACAGUGUCGCGGUCUAGUGCAGAAGCAGAGUAUAGAUCGAUGGCUACUACGGUUGUGACAUUACAUGGUUAA